CAUUCUUUCUAAAGAAAAAACAUUUGUCACGUACGCUUCCUCAAUAGUCUCUCGCGCUUUACAUGCGAUUAAUACUCUUCGAACACCAUCCAAGAUAUGUUCCUAGGUCUUCGCAACAGAAUAUGCUCCCUAUGGAGAGACACAGUGUAUACAAGUAGCCUGUUCGCUUUCUUAGGACCAAUCAUGCGUUACUUCCAAGCCCGCCUCCGUCGCCAUCAGCUCCGAUGCAUAGAAUCUGUUCGAGAUCUUUCUCCCCGUUAUGAGGCAUUCUCGGACGAAGAUGACGAAUACGGCAAUCCAAUAUUUCUCUAUUCGUCAUUUGGCUAUAUCAGCGAUGAUUACAUAGCAUACUUUGGCGAAUCCAAGCUCAGGAAGCGCGAUCUUAGUAAGAAGGAUAUUAUGGAAAGUCUGCAACUCCUUCCAGAUGAAGAUGUGUACCCUUUAGCGCCUCCAAAUGUCACAGUUUUCGCCACUCCAGUAAACAGUAACGUAUACGUAAAAGGACCAAAGCUGCACACAGACUUCAUCGGUACAGGAAUGCUACCAAAACUUCUUCUACAGGAAGUCGAGGUAAUGGAGCUCCUGCGGUGUAAGCCACAUCCUAACAUCAUACAUUACCAUGGCUGCAUAAUCAAACGCGGUCGCAUCGUGGGCAUCGUCCUAGACCGGCAUGCAGACACCCUAGGGCGGCGACUGAAGGAUGGAUUACGACAAUUCAACGUCGAAGAGGGCAUGGGCAAGAUAAGAUCCGCCGUCGGCCAUCUCCAUUCUCUAGGGCUGGCCCACAAUGACCUUACGCCCAUGAACAUUAUGGCGGAUAGCUCCGAUGAGCUUUUCAUCAUCGAUUUCGGUUCCUGCCAGCCAGUCGGCUGUGAACUUAUCACGGCCGGUACACCAGGAUGGAUUGAUGAAGAAUUCACCCAUUCGGCACAGGUUCACGAUGAGAUUGCUUUGGGUAAACUCGAGACAUGGCUCCAGACAAAGAAAGAAAUAGAUAUACAGAGUUGAUUUCAAUGUAGAGAUCGAUUUAGUUCCGCCUAGGACAUUUCUAAAGUAUGCGAAACGUGCCCAUGUUCGCAGGUAAGACGACGUAUUUGGUGAGUUAUUCGGUCCAAUGUAUCGAAUCGAGGUUCUGC